AAUUUCUGCUCCGUAUCCGCGAGAUGUUCCGCUCCAGGACCAGAUCAACAACAUCAUCAUCAUCGGCAUGAUGUCGCGAGUGCUCUUUUGUUUUUCUCUCUUUCUCUCGUGGUUUUUAUCGGACCUUAAAUUAUUUAGAUAAUGCGAUAACAGUUUCUUAUCAGUUUUCCGUGCGUGUGUGUGUAUGUGUGGAUUCUUAUCUAUUUAGUGUAUGUUUCGGUGUAAAAAGAAUUAAAACGUGUUUGAGGUCUAUUUUACUCAACUUUUCACUCACGCUUUGGUUGACUUAAAAAAUAAUUUUGAAUAAAAAUCUUAGACCUUCUAAAACAUUCAAACAGAACUAAAAAAUGACGUCGCGAUUUCGUUCGGCUUCUCCUCCUCCGCCUCCUCCUCCUCCCGGCACCUGUUGCCAGUGUCUCCACACCUCCAAAGAGCCCCAACGGCCCAAAUCUCUAAUGGAGAGUCUCUUGGUGGCGAAAAUGGAAACUUUGGGCCAAAGUGGGGGUUCCGGGGCACUAACUCGUCCCCAGUUGAUCCGGACUGAUAGUGUUGACUCGUGCAGCUCUUAUGGCUCUACUGGCUCGUUUUCUUUCAUCAAUAACGACUACUGUCGCUGUGACGAUUGUUUAUUGGGAAUCGCUGACCUGUACGCGGAACCCGAGCAAGAGGAGAAGAAGAAAAAGACUACAAUUUCCACCACGCGUCCCGUUCCCCGUCUCCCGCCUCGACGAACGCCUCGCCUCGAAUCUCCCCAAAAGUGUCGCCCAGGUCCAGUCGUAGGGUGUUCCGAAGGAGUCGGAGCCCCGCCACCCCCCAGAGCCCCACCAGCCCCAAUUUAGGCGGCAGCAGACGCAGUUCCUACACCGGAUACGAGCAGUACCAAAGCAGUUUGCUGGAGGUGCCGUUUUACGCCGAGUACGGAGAUCCCAGUUCGGAC